UCUCUUACAUCAAAUGUUGCUCCGGAGCCGUUCAGCAUCAGUUACCAUGGUGAUUCAUCAGCAGCUCCGGACGUGCAGCUCCAGACGUGCAGCUCCAGAUGUUCAGCUCCAGAUGUUCAGCCUCAGGUGAUCUUUGAGGGAAAUACCUCUGUGGACAGAGGGAGGGAUUAAACAGGCACAGAGGUAUAAUUACAGUAACUGAGCAGAGAGGGAGAGUAGAGUGACCCUGCACACCGGACCAUCAGGACCAGAGAGAACCAGGACCUCAGACCUGCAGCGGUCAACUUACCAGGACCAGAACCACCAGGACCAUCAGGACCAGAACCACCAGGACCAUCAGGACCAGACUGAGAACGUCAGACGUGCAGACUGUUAAGAGAGACUCGACUGACUCGUGUCCAUCAUGUCUUCACUGUUCUUCUUCGUGACUCUCGUCCUUCUCACCGACGCGUCUCCGACGGCGUCUGUAGCUCCUGACGUGGACAUGGUGCCUCAGUCCUCCGACUGUCCGUCCUGCUCUCUGUCUCAGCUGAAGAAGAACUCGUCUUCGUCGGGAGGACAGAACGACAUGGUGGAGGCGGUGAAGCGUCACAUUCUCAACAUACUGCACCUGAGUGUCCGACCCAACCUGACACAGCCGGUCCCUCGAGCCGCGCUGCUCAACGCCAUCAAGAAGCUGCACGUAGGCCACGUGGCCGAAGAUGGUAGCGUAGAGAUCCAGGAGGAGGGCCGGGGCCCCGGGGCCCUGACGCCACCUGAACCGCCGUCUGAGAUCAUCACCUUUGCAGAACCAGGUGACUCUCAGAAUGCGGUGACCUUUGACAUUUCCAAGGACGGCAGUGGCUCUGCUGCGGUGGAGCAGGCCAACGUCUGGAUCUUUCUGAAGAUGUCAAAGGGAAACCGACCAAAGGGCAAAGUGUUGCUGCGGCUGCUGUGGCUUCAUGAGGACGAUGACGAUGAUGAUGAGGAGGAGGAGGAGUGUGUUUCAGAGAAGAUGGUGGACACUCGUCGCAGCGGCUGGCACACCCUCGCCGUCCCUCGCAGCGUCCAGAGUCUGUUGGAUGCUGGCAGCAGCUCGCUCAGCCUGCGGGUUUCCUGUCCGCUGUGUGCCGAGGCCGGCGCCUCACCGGUCCUGACGCCUGCCGCCGGCGAGCGAGCUGCUGGUCGAGAUCAGUCUCAUCGGCCGUUCCUCAUGGUGGUUCUCCGAGCUCGGGAGGAGGCUGCGCAGCGACGAGUCAAACGAGGUCUGGAAUGUGAUGGAAAAAUACACGUCUGCUGCAAACAAGAGUUUUACGUGAACUUUAAAGACAUCGGCUGGAACGACUGGAUUAUCGCUCCAUCAGGUUACCAUGCCAACUACUGCGAAGGCGACUGUCCAAACCACAUGUUGAGCCUCAGUGGCUCGUCUCUCUCCUUCCACUCAACCGUCAUCAACCAUUAUCGCAUGAGGGGCUACAGCCCGUUUCAAAACAUCAAGUCGUGCUGCGUGCCGACGAGGCUGCGAGCGAUGUCCAUGCUUUACUACAACGAGGAGCAGAAGAUCAUCAAGAAAGAUAUUCAGAACAUGAUCGUAGACGAGUGUGGCUGCUCGUAAAACUGCCACACCAACAUCAGAUCAGCACUUUCCCAGUAAAAGAGUUCAUGUUUAUUGACGAGGCAUCGUGAGACUUUUCCACAUUGGAACAACCUGAGUUACUAUGCAACAGAUUCCACAGUUACUAACGUUUGUCUUUGACUUUUCUGCCGUCAGAGAAAACGUGAGAGAAUCUGUUUACUGAUGGUUUAAAAUCUCUAGUCUUGAGAUACUUGAAGAAAUUGUGUUCAACCAGUUGUUUGACCCAAACGUUGCUGUUGUUGUUGUUGUUGUUAUUAUUAUUAUCAUAUCAAAUUGUAUUAAUUCCAAUAUUUGCACAGAAAAAAAAGAUUCCUGGAAGUUUGGCCUCAGCUUCAACGUAGAAAGCCAAAGAUAGUCUGAAGAUAAAGAUGGUUAAAUAUCAAGGUUUUAUUAAUGAGACAAGUUUUCAUUAAUGAGCUGUCAGUUACUAAAUGUUAAUUAUUUACCUGAUGAUUGAAAAAACAUUUUGACUGUUGUUUCAUUAUAAAACAAUAUGAGAUGUUGAUGAACUUUAUAUAAUUUAUUUUCAUUUCUGCUUCAUCAUUAAACAAACUGUGAA